AGGAGACCAUCAGGGAAGCUCGCACAAGGCAGCCAUGGCUUCCUGCUGCCCUUUCCAGCUUAAUCGGAUCCAAGGUUCUCCAUAGCUUUAGCAUCUUCUUCCGGCCUUUUCGUCGCCGUUGCUUCGCUCCAGUCCGAAAAGGUUCCUUCUUUGGCCAAAGGCUGGAGCUUUUGAUUGGAUCCGGAGGCGAGGACUGAUGCGGCAGUUGUCGUCGUUGUUGAAUGGGCUCGCGAAGUCGCUGUACGCAGGGAAGAGGAAGGUUCCGGGGGUGGAGGAAGGCAGGGAGGCGGCGGAUGAGCUGAGACGGGAGGCGAAGAAGAAUGAUACGAUAUUGCGGUCAUCGGGCACGACGAGGAGCUGCGUGUCCGUGUUCUCGCAGAGGGGGGAGAAGGGGGUGAAUCAGGACUGUUCUAUUGUUUGGGAGGUACUCCUUCGAUCCCAUAUCUAUUUCAUGCGGUCUCUGUGCAUUUUGGAAUUUGGAUGCCAAGAAGACAUGAUGUUUUGUGGAAUAUUCGACGGCCAUGGAUCAUGGGGGCACUAUGUGGCUAAAGCAGUCCGGAAGUCGCUUCCUUCAUCUCUACUAUGCAACUGGCAGGAGGCUCUUGCACUGGCUUCUUUGGUUGCUGAUAAAAAGCCUUGCCAUUUUGAUGUGUGGAAGCAAUCAUAUAUUAAAAGUUUUGCCGCGGUGGAUAAGGAGCUUGAACAUGAUCGUCGGCUGGAUUCGUUCCGUAGUGGCUCUACCGCUCUCACAAUCGUCAAGCAAGGGGAACUCAUGGUAAUAGCAAAUAUCGGUGAUUCGCGUGCUGUGUUAGCGACGACUUCUGAUGAUGGCAGCUUGGUUCCUAUUCAACUUACCAUUGAUUUUAAACCAAACUUACCUCAGGAAGCUGAGCGCAUAACUCAGUGCAAAGGCCGUGUGUUCUGUUUGCAAGAUGAACCUGGUGUGCACAGGGUGUGGCUACCAAAUGAGGAAGCACCAGGAUUGGCCAUGUCGAGAGCAUUUGGAGAUUACUGCAUCAAAGAUUUUGGCCUUAUUUCUGUGCCUGAAGUGACUCAAAGGAGCAUAACCGGCAGAGAUCAGUUUGUGGUACUUGCCACAGAUGGGGUAUGGGAUGUCAUCUCCAACCAAGAAGCUGUGAACAUUGUAUCAUCGACAAAGGACAGACGGAAGUCAGCCAAAAGGCUUGUGGAGUGUGCCGUCGGCGCAUGGAAGCGCAAGAGGAGAGGAGUCGCCGUCGACGACUGCUCCGCUGUAUGCCUAUUCUUUCAUUGAUACAUCGUUAAGUUGAUGUGUUGUGUGGUCUUAAUUCGAAGGUCGUCCAACAAUAACAUGGAUUGAUGCUAAUCUUUGUCUGAUGAAAUGCUUGAUGUAUUAUUGUUCA